AAAAGCUGGUGCAGCUAUAGUCAGAAGGGACAAGGGACGCUGCAUGUAAGUAGAUUAUUUAUAUUUUUCCAUGUACAUUUUAAUUAGCGCGCAUUAUUAUAUUUCCCCCGAAGACAACCGAAGGCGUGUUCCUUUUCCUUGGGUCACGUGACCUUGUUGAUGACGUCGUGACGAGGCACAUUUGAAUCGAGUUUCGCUAGGUCACAGAAUUGAAUUCGCAGUGAUUUUGCACAAUUCCUGAGAAAAUCGCGUCGGCAGGAUGGCGAAUAAGUCGGCUAAACCGAAGAAAGAGGUCGGCUUCCUGGGAAAAACCUACCUGCUCGCCUACAACGGCGCCCAAGUGGCCGGAUGGAGCUAUAUCUUGUACCUGAUGGGUCAGUACUACGCCGACCCCAAACCAGGAAAAUCUCUAUGGGAAAUCGUCCGUACAGCUCUGAUCAUUUUCCAAAACGCUGCGAUUCUUGAGGUUUUCCAUGCGAUCUUUGGACUGGUGUCCUCAAACGCUAUGGUGACACUUUUUCAAGUAGCCUCCCGAGUAAUGGUUGUGUGCGGAGUACUGAUUGGAGUCGAAGGCUCCUCAGACAGUCAAGGUAUUCACUUCCUACUCUUUGCCUGGACUGUGACUGAGAUCAUCCGCUACAGCUUUUACGCAAUGGGAAUUAUUGGGGUCUCUCUUUACCCCAUUGUGUGGUGCAGAUAUACAUUCUUCAUUGCUUUGUACCCAAUCGGGGUAACUGGUGAGCUUUUGUGCCUCUGGGCAGCAUCACAGUUGGUUGCUGCCAGUAAACAGUGGACCGUUACGCUCCCAAAUAGCUGGAAUGCUACAUUCAGCUACCAAUACUUCUUACUCAUCGUUAUGGCUCUCUACGUUCCAUUGUUCCCCCAAAUGUACCUGCACAUGUUUGGCCAGAGGAAGAAGGUGCUGGGAGGCGGUGAGAGCAAAAAGAAGAAUUAAAGACUGUGUUUUGUUUGUUAUUUCUUUGCCAGUUGUGGCAACUUGCCAUUAGAAUGGUGAAUGGUGCAGACAUUGUCCAGCAUGAACGAAAAUUUUAAGUUACAAAAUUUCUAUUUUUAAACCAGUUUUUGACCGCAGUGACAAUUUGUAAACUGCUUUUUGCUCAAAAUAGCUCUUUAGCGCAUUUGUUUAACCCUUUUGUUAAUUAUGGUUUAUUGAUUAAACUCUGUUAUUUCUUUAUAGAAA